GUCACAGUGAUCAGCAGGCUGAUACCCUCAACCUUGGAGGGUCACCAGUGCUGCAAAGAGGUCAUCGCUGGUCCGGAUGGAGUCAUUUCUGGUGUGUGUGAAUUCCAUUUUCUGCGGCCCUCGCAAGAGUACACCUUUUGGCUGGGGCGGGAAGGGUCCAAAGAUGCCUUGCUGCAGCGCUCCGUGACCACGGCGCGGUGCGGACGGGACACGCCCUUUCAGAUGGCCAUGCUGAUCCCACCCGCCGCUGGGCGGCCAACUGGGACCGAAGAAGACCAACUGGGCGGCCAAAGGGUCCAUUCUUCCGGCACAGACAUGUGGACGACAUAUGUAGGCCCCGAGCACCAGCUGGGGUCGUGGCUCGGAAGCUGCCCUGAAGACAUGGUCUGGACGGUGAAGCCCUCCUUUGAGCUGCUGCGAGCCCUAUGGCGGAACGCUUGCUUCACCUUGCCCUCGAGAGGUUCACCCAUCACGCAAUGCCCCAACCCCAUUUCCAGGUAUUGCCUGGAUCUCACCAAAGGCCAGCCCUGGCUUCGGAGCAAGAAGGUGAGACGGCACAAGGGCGACUUCCGAUUGACGGUGAAUGCUGACUAUCAGCAAACCUUCAAGCACUGUGAGCGUGUGCAUGUCGAGACCCACCGGAGUACUUGGAUUACUCCUGACCUGAUUCGUAGCCUGGAUCAAUGUCGCCAAGACAAUGCCGACUUGAAAGUCUACUCCAUUGAGCUUUGGGAGAAGAGCACUGGCCAGCUGGCAGCCGCCAUCAUGGCACUCUCCAUUGGCGAUGUCUUUCAUGACUACACCAUGGCGACGAUGAUCCGUGACAGCCGCUCUGCAGGAGCAGUUCUGACCAAGGUGGUGGGACAGCUGCUGACGGAGGCAGGAUAUACUCUCUGGUAUUGGGGGUACAAGAACCCCUACAUGGCAGAAUAUGACGGUCAAUAUGGUGGGUUGCUGAUGAACAACGAGAAGGAUUUCUGGCCUCGUUGGCGGCGUGCCAUGGACUUGGCCAGCACGCCCGCCACCCCGGAUUUGGCCCAACGCGUCCCGGCCGGAGGGAUCGACCUCUCCUUGCUCUGAGGCGCCUGUGAACUUGACUGACGUGCGCUGCCAUGAGAGAUGCAGUGCUCAUGCGCAGGCGCUGCCAGGUCCAGCAGUGCCUGGCCUCAGUCGCAGGGAGCCGAAGGUUCUCAGCACCGAGGCCGAAGGCUUUUCUUCUUAUCUUUGGCCGAAGGGAUGCUCAAGGGCCCGCCCCAGUUCCGAACGGUUCGGAACGGUCGGGGUCUUCUGCUGGAUCGCCGGUGGAGGAUGACCGCUUGUUUUUUUUU